AUGGUGCAUAGCGUGUACGUUGCCAAUGCCGCACGUAAGCCCGCGGCUCAUGGUGUGCCUGUGAAAGUGACCCUUGACAAAUGUACGCGCAUCAAAGCCGAAUCUGAAGAAAGAGGCAUGGAUGUCCUGAAGAAGGCCGAGGCACUUCGACCGGGUGUCGGCUUGGCCGUGUUGACGACUUUUUUCCCUGGGAGACGCAGGAAGGACGAGGCAGAUGCAUGGGCCAACGCAAGGUUAACUCUCGACCUUCGGAGAAAAGCCUUCAAAAAUGGUGAGUAUCCGCUUCCUAGCCCAUGGACCGUGCCAGAAGAAACCGCUACGGCUACCACUACGAAUGCACAGAACUCUGUGGAGGGCUUCCGGGAACAGGCAGAGCCAGUAAGCAUACGCCGGAGCUCUACUAUCCCAUCCCCCGCCAUUUGA